UUUUUCACAAGAAGCCAUUUUAGGAAUUUGAAAGAUGAUGUUAUUUUGAGUGAAAAAAUGAAAAAUUUUAGUCAUCUUGCAAAAGAAAAAAGGAAUAUAUUGUUGAAAGAAACCUUAUUGCAAGGAGCUUCUACUAAUACCGGGCAUCCUAUUCCAAUAACAGAACAAGAAGAAACAGCACAGCAAGAUGAAAAAAAUAUGAAUAAACAAGAGUUGUUAUCAAUUAUUAAUUCUAUACUUCUUUCCCUUCCUGAAACAUUAUGA